AUGAGGGACUUGAGACAUGGCCGCGAGGAGCUACUUCACUCGGAAUUAGAGCCCUGGGUGCCCGGGCCGCCAAACCACGAGCCGCCAAACCACGAGCCGCCAAACCAUGAUCCGCCUGGUGCCUCCGGCUUCCGGAUCGGCAGCGCCUCCACUUCCCAAUCGGAGCGGAACCCAGCGCGGUCAUGUCAAGCCCGGGCCGAAGGAGCCCUGCCCCAUCAAGCUCUGCGGAUCAAGGUCCGCCGCACUCCGGUGACGUGUUUCACGUCGGGUCGUCCCCGAGUCUCAGACGGGGCGGCACUUGUCCAAACCUUUGCCCUCAUCUCGGGACGUUGCGAUGCUUUUGCUUCAAAGGAUGAGGCGAAACUUCUGACGUUAGCCAUUUUGCCAACUUUUGCGUUCUACUCGCAGACGCCGCGAUACAAGUAA